AUGACCUUUACUGAUUACGACAGUGAUGACGAUCUUGUUGUGACCGCGGCUUCUAGAGACAAGGACGAUGUCCGAAAACGCAGUUUGAACGAUAAUGAUUCGGUGGAUACAGUUGGUGAAGAGUUUGGUUUCCCCAAGACUCCUUCUUCUGCCUCCAAAACUACCACAACAACUACUGCUACUUCCAAACAACGCAGCAAUACUAGCUUGACAGGUGACAUCCUGGUCGAUUAUUAUGUCACAGCUAGAAGAUAUUUGGAACAGCUGUCGCCCAAAGCCAAAUCCAUUAUAGGUUUUGUGAUACUUCUGGUCGCUUCAACUUAUACCUUGCAUGGAAUGGACGGACCCAGUGCCAGUGGAAAAGGUCCAUCCGCAGGCGCUCGGAUACCCAAGACUGGUGCCGCUUCCAGCCGCAACCCGUUUCUACCUCCCAUCAAGUUGGAACCAAUACCCAGUGGCGAAACUUGUUCUGACAUCUGCGUCAAACGAAAUACCAAACGACAGGAAAAGUACGGUGGCGACUUGCUGAAUCCUCAAGAUGUCUUGCGAUUGGCCAAGGAUGCAAGAGAAAAAUCCAUUGCCAAUCUAAAAGUCGAUUAUGGUAGCUACUUUGAGGAAAUCUUCAUGAAUGUAUCCUCACCCUACAAGUAUUAUGGAAUGAGAGGUGCAAACGGCGAUGGUCCCUCGCGGGAUCGACUGAAACGCAAACUGAAAUUAAAAGUGCUCCACAUGAUGCAAACCCUGCGGGGCAUGGAAGAAGACGUGGCGGGCUGCAAUUGCCUUGGCGCUGCCACCACGGGGGAACCACAAGGCGAAACAGCACCCGUGCCACCUCAAUUUUAUGAGAAAUAUGUCUUUGCCAAUGGGGGGCACUCACAAGCAGCAGGGCAUGGAAACAUGUUCAAUGAAACCUAUACAGCAUACUUUACAAAGGAUGUGAAAGAUGUUUUUGGGGCGAUUGGAAUCAAAUUUGAAGGCCGGAAUUAUGGCAUGGGUGCUAUGAGCGCUUCUCCCUAUAUAUCUAUCUGUUCCAAAGAGAUUUUUGGUAUCGACGUGGACUUACUCUCUUGGAAUUUUGGAAUGACUGACAAAUGGCAUGAUACCUCUUCCUUUUACAUGUAUCGGGGAGCACUGACUCCCGGAAGACCAGCUCUUUUGUAUAUUGAAGGGAAUGGACAGGCAAAUCAUGGGGGCCGUGGUUUGGAGGAGGAAGGAUUGGCGGUUUUCAAGGCGGAUAUGCAUUCAGUUCCAACUGUGACCAGAAGUGCGAACAACAAGAUACCAGACUCGGCACCUGGUGGCAUUCGACUAUCAGAUGAAGAAUUGGAAAAGUUGCCCCCGUACUUGCAAGCGUUAAAAUGCAACGGAAACUUGGCGGGCAAGCCUUUUUGCAACGGUCGAAAAUGGAGUUGCACGAUGGAAGACAUCGAGAAUGGGAAACAGUGUGCCUGUCCGAAGGUUGGCAAACGCUCAAGUUGGCAUAUGGGAUACAGGAUGCAUGCGUUGCUAGGUCAUCUCAUAUCACUUUCAUUUAUGGAAAUCUUUAUUGAGGCGUUGGAGGAAAUUACGACAUCAUCCAAGGAAAGCAACACCCAAGCUUUGUACGAAGAAUUGCGACAAGCCGAGGAUCAGGAGUUUGAAGCCUUCAAAGCAAAACCAGUAUUUGAUAAAAUUGCUUUCAACCAGUCACGAUAUUCUGAAAUUUACAACAACACGGAACUCUUUGAAACAUUCUUCAAGGGAGACAGUGUUUGCCGGACGUCAUUGGUUCCUUCUCAAACGAGGUAUUUGGGAAUCAGUACCAAUUCCGACAAAGUGGCACCAGGACCUCAGCCAGGUUGGGCCGAAACAUACGACGUGGGUGUGCCACUACACAUUAGCGCUGGCAAAUAUACCUACGAUGAAGGCCAGGAGCCGAUACCGGGAAUUGUCCAGCAGACUGCCAAGAUUGAUCUUCGAGUGCGCAGUGAUGAGUUUCGAAAGUACUGUUCUCAAAUCGUCAUGCCGGAUUACAAGGACUGGCUGUAUGGUCCAUUGAAGGAUGGCAAGACGACCAUGAUCUUCCCCAACGAAAAAGAAAAGGAAUACUAUGGCUACGAUCCUUCCAAAUUCAAAGGAUACCUUGGACUUGUCCCAACUCUUUUUGGCGAAACAGCUGGCAAGGGGGUGAGCAGUGAUAUUUCAUUCAACGCAUUUGAAACAAACGUCAGAGCCACAGUGAAUGGCAAAAAAGUAGGAAAAUUCCAUAUGGUCAAUCAAAUGAUUCUUUUGGUGGAUGAAAGUGGAUCCUACAAGUGGGAGCCCAGUGAGAACAACGACUAUGUCAUUGAGUUUGAGCCAUAUGGUGAAAUCGAUGGAAUUCCUGCAGCAGACAAACAUUUCCGUUUGUACGGAGCAGUCGUAUACUAG